UGGGCCUUCUCCUCACCCUUGCAGAAGUCCCCUCAUGAUCCCUACUUCUCGCCAGAGGAGCAAGUGCUUAUCGACCGCGGAGACAUUAUUGACACAAAGGAUGCCUGGGAUAUGCAGGAGUUCAUCACUCGAAUGUAUGUCAAGCAGCUGCUCCAACACUGGACGUUUCAGCUGCUGCUGGCCAUGCUGCUGGUGGUCAAUGCCGUCACCGUUGCGCUCCGCACCAAUUUCGCCCUUGGCCAGAAGCACUAUGAGUUCUUCUCUACCAUAGAUGACAUUGUGCUGACCAUCCUUAUCUGCGAGGUUCUCCUUGGCUGGUUAAAUGGCUUCUGGGUUUUCUGGAAGGACGGCUGGAACAUCCUCAACUUCCUUAUCAUCUUUAUCUUGCUCCUGGGGUUCUUCAUUAGUGAACUCAAUGUCAUCUCUAUCACCUACACCCUCAGGGUCCUUCGUCUCGUGCAUGUGUGCAUGGCUGUGGAGCCCCUGGCCCGGAUCAUUCGCGUCAUCCUGCAGUCGGUGCCUGACAUGGCCAAUAUCAUGGCCCUCAUCCUCUUCUUCAUGCUGGUGUUCUCCGUGUUUGGGGUCACUCUCUUUGGUGCAUUCGUGCCCAGGCAUUUCCAGAACAUGCAGGUGGCCCUGUACACCCUCUUCAUCUGCAUCACCCAAGAUGGCUGGGUGGACAUCUACAAUGACUUUCAGACGAAGACCAGGGACUACGCAAUGGAGGUUGCGGGGGCCUUCUACUUUAUCACCUUCAUCACUAUUGGUGCCCUUAUUGGCAUCAACCUGUUGGUCGUCGUGGUAACCACCAACCUGGAGCAAAUGAUAAAGGCAGGAGAACAGAGACAACAGGAUAAAAUAGGCUUCAGUGAGACAGAUGUGGAGGAGUUCGGGAACAAGGACCUGCCCCUGGUGCACUGCGAGGUGGCCCGUUUGGAGAUGUCUGGCCUUCCCCAAGAGCCGCUGGUGGGAGGCCCUCUGUCCAACCUCUCCGAAAGCGCUUGCGACAACUUUUGUUUGGUGCUCGAGGCGAUACAGGAGAACUUGAUGCAGUACCAAGAGAUCCGAGAGGAGCUCAACACGAUAGUGGAGGAGGUGCGCUCCAUACGCUUCAACCAGGAGCAGGAGGAGGAGCUAUUGCACAGACACUUGUCAGUCCAGUCGAUGGAGAGCAAGUCCUCCAUGGACCUGUAUGAGAUGACUAGCCAGCAAGACUUGAUCACUGCGCUCGUCCACAGGGAAAAGGUUCAGGAAUCUACCACAAACUUACCUAAAAGGAAGAAGAGCAGCCGCUGA